AUGACUAUGCCAAACCAAAAAGUAACGGCUUACCUGGUCUAUCUGGUGUUCAUUGUAACGCUAGGCCCAUUGCAAUUUGGCUACCAUCUGGCAGAGCUCAAUGCUCCCCAAGCAGUCAUUACGUGCAAGAGCAAAGGUGUUCACUCCUCAGAAAUCAAUUUUCAUGGUCUCCCACAAUGUCUUCCGAUGAGCCCAUCCCAGUUUGGCCUUGUCUCCUCGAUCUACACACUUGGUGGUUUGCUGGGAGCUCUGACGGCAGGGCCCAUCGCAACAAGAUACGGACGUCUGCUGGCACUACGAGCGACAACGGUGUUUUUCAUCCUAGGGCCCGUGGCAGAGACGCUAUCUCCCAACAUACCCCUUCUCAUUCUAGGUAGGUUCCUUUCAGGGAUCGGAUCUGGGGCUGCAAUAGUCGUGGGUCCAAUCUAUGUUUCUGAAGUCGCUCCUCCCAAUGCUCGCGGCUUCUUCGGUGCUUUUACACAGGUCAUGACCAAUGUGGGAAUCCUGUUGUCCCAAACAUUGGGAUAUUUCUGGAGCGAUGCGAAUCUCUGGCGAUUGAUCCUCGCUGUGGCGGGAGUGAUUGGGGCCCUCGAGUUGGGAGGGCUGUUCUUGGUGCCCGAGAGUCCUUCGUGGCUUGCAGAACGUAAUAAGCUCGGCCAGGCGCGUCGGGUGCUUCAGCGGAUUCGUGGUCCAAAUUUCGACAUCGAUGUAGAAGUUGCGAGCUGGAAUGUCUCGGCCGCGUCUGGCGAGGAAGAAUCUUUGCUCGCCCCGUCGGAUGACAGCACGCCCAGCAAGCCCGCAGUCACCUUUAUGCAAGUUGUUUUGGACUCUUAUUACCGCCCGGCUCUCAUUGCUGUGGUUGGAGUGAUGGUCGCUCAGCAGUUCACCGGGAUGAACAGCAUUGUCAUGUACAGCGUGUCUUUGCUACAGAGCAUUCUUCCUACGACCGCUGCCCUGCUUACCGUGGCUAUCUCAGUCAUCAAUCUCGUGAUCACGCUAUUGUGUUCCCCGCUCCCCGAUCGCAUCGGUCGGAAGACAUGUCUCAUGCUGAGCGUUAGUGGUAUGGGCUGCAGCUCCAUUCUUCUCGCGAUCAGUAUUUACACAAGCGGCAAAAUUCUCACCGCAUGUGCCGCUUUGCUGUUCGUGGCCAGCUUCGCGGUCGGGCUAGGACCUGUUCCUUUCAUCCUUGCUUCGGAGCUCGUUGGACCCGAGGCCGUGGGUGCUGUACAAAGCUGGGCCUUGGGAGCCAAUUGGGCGGCGACGUUUGUGGUCGCACAAUUUUUCCCCAUUCUCAAUGAUGCCCUUGGGGGUCGCGGCAAGGUUUACUGGGUGUUUGCGGGCAUGGCCGGGCUCUUUGGUGGCUUCAUCUACCGAUACGUGCCAGAAACCAAAGGCAAAGUCAAUGCCGAAGAAGUCUGGGGCAGAACCAAUCGACGACAGGAUUAG